GAAAGCAAAAGAAAGAGGAAGACCGAGUCAUUACUUUCUUUGGUCCCCCAACAAAGUGAUACCUUUCCUCCACCCAGCUCUCAAAUUGCUGUUUCUUCAUCAUUAAAAGUCUAUCUAUGCAUUGCUGUUUAUGAAUGGACUUCUUCAUACCCUGCAUUUGCUUGCAACCGGAGUGAUCAAAAUCAGAGCAGACUGUGUUGUUACUCAUCUUCAUCAUGUCAGAGAUGGAAGGAGGGAAAUGGGAGGAUUUGAGUAUGGAUUGCUUGGUGAAUGUGUUUGGGAGAGUUGGAAUUGAAUCACUGCUAUUGGAUGUUCCCUUCAUGUGCAAGUCAUGGUACAAAGCCACGCUCAAUCCUCUCUGCUGGCGCCGACUUGAUUUUUCUAAAAUCUCACUUGAUUCAUGGUCUUAUGAUGAAUCCAUAUCAAGAUUGCUUGAUAAAUAUCAAUUAAAUGAUAAAUUGUCUGUCACUGCAUUCAUCAAGUUUGUAGUUAAGCGUAGUGCUAGAUCUGCCACUUUUCUGUCACUUCCGGACUGUUGCACAGAGGAAGCAUUGCUUUAUGUUGCAGAUGAGUGUCCUGACUUGCGGGUUUUGCUGCUGCCUCGUUGUCUACCUCGUGAUCAUAUGUUACAGAUACCAAACCUUAUGAGCAAGUGGAAAAAUUUGGAGCUUUUAAGGCUUGGAGGCACCUUUCACUUGCAAGAAAUCCUUGCGCAAAUCAACAUUCACUGCAAGAACUUUAUUGGAUUGGGUAUUCCAAGAGCCUAUAUUAAGCGAGAUGAGGCCUCAGCUAUUGUCACCCUACUCCCAAACAUAAAGCAAUUGUUUCUAAGGCAUGCAUCCAUGGAAAAGGAGAACCUAGUGAUGAUUUUGCAGGGCUGCAAAGAGCUUAAAUAUUUUGACGUGAGGGACUGCAUAGGUUUCGACGAGGGUGAUGAUGAGAUAUUAAAGCUUGCUUCUCAUAUCCAAACAUUCGAGCAUAAGGGUUCGAUGUUGUAUGAUUAUUAUGAUGACUACCGCCCUUCGUAUCGUGACGACGGCUUCCAUGAUGGAGGCGUCUCUGACUAAAGUGUAUUGUAUAAUGUGUUUGCUUGGGAUUGUCAACCUAGACUCAGUUCUAGAAACUCUCCGUUGUGUUGUCUGUAAUGGAUUGUUAUGUAAUGGAUGAAAUAUCAAGGCACUAGCUUGUGCUGCUCUUGAACUCCUUGAUAUUUACUUUUGGCUUUUGUUUUCAA